GUUGAGGGCGGGGGCGCGCUCAGGGAGUGUGCUCUGCGCGCGCGUUGUAGCCGGUGUCUGCGUCUGUCGGGCUGUAGUCGCAGAGUGGUGUUGCAGGUUAAGCUAAAAUGUCCCCUGAAGUAGCCUUGAACAGAAUUUCUCCAUUGCUUUCUCCAUUUAUAUCCAGUGUGGUCAGAAAUGGAAAAGUAGGACUGGAUGCUACAAACUGUUUGAGGAUAACUGACCUGAAGUCUGGCUGUACUUCCUUGACUCCUGGACCUAGUUGUGAUCGAUUUAAAUUGCAUAUACCAUAUGCUGGAGAAACAUUAAAAUGGGAUAUUAUUUUCAAUGCUCACUAUCCAGAAUUGCCCCCUGAUUUUAUCUUUGGAGAAGAUGCUGAGUUUCUGCCAGAUCCCUCUGCUCUACAUAACCUUGCGUCCUGGGAUCCCUCGAAUCCUGACUGCCUUCUGCUGGUGGUGAAGGAGCUUGUGCAGCAGUAUCACCAGUUUCAGUGUAGCCGCCUCCGUGAGAGUUCUCGUCUCAUGUUUGAGUACCAGACGUUACUGGAAGAACCACAAUAUGGAGAACACAUGGAAAUUUAUGCUGGGAAAAAAAAUAACUGGACUGGGGAGUUCUCAGCUCGCUUCCUGUUGAAGUUACCAGUGGAUUUCAGCAACAUUCCCACAUACCUUCUCAAGGAUGCAAAUGAAGAUCCUGGAGAAGAUGUGGCUCUCCUUUCGGUCAGUUUUGAGGACACAGAAGCUACUCAGGUGUUUCCAAAAUUAUACCUGUCACCACGCAUUGAACAUGCUCUUGGAGGUUCCUCAGCUCUUCACAUCCCAGCUUUUCCAGGAGGAGGAUGUCUAAUUGAUUAUGUUCCCCAAGUAUGCCAGCUACUAACCAACAAGGUGCAGUAUGUCAUUCAGGGAUAUCAUAAAAGAAGAGAAUACAUUGCAGCUUUCUUGAGUCACUUUGGAACAGGAGUGGUGGAGUAUGAUGCCGAAGGCUUUACAAAGCUCACCUUGCUGCUGAUGUGGAAAGAUUUUUGUUUCCUUGUACACAUUGACCUUCCCCUGUAUUUUCCUCGAGACCAGCCUACUCUCACCUUCCAAUCAGUCUACCACUUUACCAGCAGUGGACAGUUGUACUCUCAGGCCCAGAAAAAUUACCCAUACAGCCCACGAUGGGAUGGCAAUGAGAUGGCCAAGAGAGCAAAGAGGCCACGGUCCAGAGCUGGGCCCUAACAGGUGGAGAUGGAGAUAUGGGAGGAGUUCGCCAAGGAGGGCUGGUUGAAGCUAUGGAUGUGUGUAAGAUUUACAAAGAAAUAAAAGUAGAAAGAGAAAGAGAGCCAAGAACAGCAUCCAAAGGAAUGACAACUUUAUUGGUGUCUUAUUAAAACAUCUCCAUUCUUUCCUUAAUUCUGGAGAGCUAUUUGGUAGUGGCAGAAAUGCUAGGCAAUUCAUUAUUUAUUGUUCCUCCCACAAGAAAGAGAGUCUAUCUACAAGAGCUAUCUAUACUCUAAUCAAAAGAUCCAAACAGUUUUCAAAAGAAGAAUUGCAAAUUAUCAACAAUCAUAAAAAAGAUUGCCCCAGAUCACUUAUAAUAAGAGAAAUGCAACUUAAAGCAGCUUUGAGAUUUGCCUCACAUCCAGAAAAUUGAGAAAGAUGACAAAAGAAAAGACUCAGUAUUAUCGGAAGGGCUAUAGGAAGACAGACUAAUACUCUGUUGGUGUAGCUAUUAAUUGGUUUAAUCAUUCUGGAAAAACUUUUGGAGUUAUAUGUACAUGAGGAGAAUCAUUAAACUAUUAAUACUCUAACCUAGAAAUUCCUCUGCUGAUUAUAUUCCCUAAAAAGGUCAAGGAGAAAAAGAAAGGUUUUACACACACACACACACACACACACACUCCUCAGAAUGUUGAUAGGAACUCUCUAAUAGCAAAGAGCUAUUAAUAAAAUGGGUGUAAAUCAGUUGGGGAAAAAGCUGAACAAAAUGUGAAAUAUGAACAUAAUGGAAUAUCAUU